AUGUGUGCAGGCUCGGCGCUGCGGCAGGAGCACCGGCAGGACUACGCGCAGCAAUUCCGGCAGGAAUUCCACCGGGAGUACCGCCGCUCACUGGAGCGGGAGUUCGGCCCCGCCGGGACCUGCCCCGGCCCCGCCGUGGCGGAGCGGCUGCGGCAGCGGCUGCAGCGGGAGCCGGCGCUGCUGGGGGCCCUGCAGGAGGAUGCCCUGGCACUGCUGGCCCGGGGGCUGCGGGACCACCGCGACCCCGGGCUGGCGCUGCGGGGCCUGGCCGGCGCCUUCCGGCUGCUGGAGCUGGCGGCCGUCAACCUCUACCUCUUCCCUUGGCGCCGGGAGUUCGGCACCAUCCAGACCUUCUCCGGCGCCUACGUGCACCUGCUGCGCCCAGCGCUCCCUGAAGCCGACCUGGUGCGGAGUUUGGGCCGACUGGGCUACGAGCGGCAGGACCGGCACCGCCUGGCCGUGGCCCGGCUGCCCCCGGGGCCCGUGCUGAUCGCCGCUGCUGUCGGCUUCCUCGCCUGCCGCCUGGAGUGUGAGAUCCUGGCAGAGCUGGCACCGCAGCUGCGGCGGCCCCACGCCGAGGAGCUGCUGGAGGCACGGCAUGGAGCCACGGGUGCCAAGGGGUGCCUGGAGACCCUGCAGGACCUGGGGAAGCAGCAGAGGGCGGCUGCCGACUGCAACGACAGUGUGGAUCUCUACCGGGAGAUGCCAGACAGCCCUGAGGACGUGGGGGGCAAGGACACAGCUCCCCCAGCGCUGUGGAGGGACCCUCAGGAUGUGCCCACGAGGGGCUGGGGACGCUGCGAUGGCACACUUGGGCCAGAGCCUGUGGGCAGCGCCGAUCCGGACACUUCCUCUCACCUCUUCCCAGAGCAGGAGCUGGUGGCGACCAGCAGAAGUCCCCAGGAUUCCCGCCAGGACACGCCAGAGCUGCCCUGCUACCAGCUGCACUCGUGCCUGCGCCGGGGCAUGCUGCCCUCGUACUGCUGCAGCACCUGCCGGCAGCUGCACGGCGGCGGCUGCGCCGCGGGACACGCCUGCCGCAGCCGGCACCGCGGCCAGGAGCUGCGCGGGGAGCGGCAGCAGCGGCUCUGGCUGCAGCGCACAGAGCUGGACAUGCUGCUGGCUGAGAGCUCUGCACCCCGCUCCUGA